CCCUCUGUAGUAGUUAGUAACUGUAACAAGCAACAGGUUUCUGAUCCAAGCCAAUCCACGAGCAAAACACCGAACCAAGGCACAAACAACGAUAAGAUCCAGCCCAGCCCAGCCCAGCCAUGUCCGAAGCCGAAGCUCCCCCCGGCCUCCCCCCCAAGGAAGAACCCGUCCCACCGCCUCCCCCCCACGACCCGACCGGGGCGGCGGCCGCCGCCGUGGCCGCCGCGAACAACGUCGGCGUGAGCGUGAACGUCGUCGACGUGGACGUCUCCAUGGAGGCCCCCCCCUCCUCGGAGGUCCUGGCCGCGGCGGCCGCCGCCGCCGUAGCGAACGUCGGCGCGGGYGUCGAUCCGCAGCCGGCACCGCAACAGCCGCAGCAAGCCCCGCCACCGGCCGGGGGAGCCGCCGGGCCCGUGGUGCCGGUCCAGCCGCCGGUGCCACAGCAGCCCCAGGCCACCGGGAGGCUCUCCCUCCUGAACGAGGAGGACGCCCAGGGAAAGAGGCGCUUUUUCCCCAGGGUCAAGCACCUGAUUGGAAACAAGGAGUGGGAAGAAGUGAGUUGAGUUCCUCGGGAGUCUUUUUGUUGCGUGUAAUGUUGUGUUGUUUGAUGUGAUGUGAUGUGAUGUGAUGUGAUGUAAUUUUGAAGAUGUAUGAUAUCGAAUCGAUUCGUGGCUUUGCCUGCUCCGGUUGGAUUCUUGUUGCCCAUGCCCCUCGAUGCACUUGCUUUGGUUUCCUCUCUCCUAACCCUUCCCCUUCCAUUUGUUGUCGUUGUCGUUGCUGUUUUGCCGGCCCGCCAGUUCCUCACGCAGGUCCUCCAGUGCAUCGAGGAGGCCGGGGCACCGGACGCCGCCGCCGCCUCCCACAAGUCCAACAACCCCUGGUACCGGGCCUUUGACCUCAUCUACGGGGGCGUCGCCCGGGAGUACUCCAUCCCCACCGGCAAGAACCGCUACCACAAGUUCAAGGACAAGAUCCUCGAGGUCUGGACGGCCCUCGAGCAGCAGGAGCCCGGGGCCAACCACUGCCGGGACCUGGCCCUCGAGCAGUACGAGCGCUACAAGGUGGCCUGCUCGGAGGCCAGCAAGACGGGCACCGGSGGGUCCCAGGGAGGCGGGACCGGCCCCCCCGGAAGCAAGGCCGCCAAGCUGGGGGCCCUGGCCUCGCCCCACGGGGCCUACGCCCUGGGCAGCGGGAGCACCAGGCUGGCGGGGGGCAAGCGCUCCUACAGCGCGGCCAUGGGCGGUGGGGCCUCCCUGUCGGCCUCCUCCKCGGGAUCGGCCGCCGGCCUGUGGAAGAACCUGGACGAGGCCACCCUGCUGGCCGGCCUCCCGGACCGCCUCCGGUCCCUCGUCCACCUCAAGCAGCUCGCCAAGGAAAUGGUGGUCGGGACYGGGAACCGGCCCAUGCGCAAGGCCAUCGAGGAGCACGGGAAGAACCUCGACGACGCCUACCUGGCGGAGCUGGUCCGGUACCUCGGGGCCCCGKCGCCAGCGGCGUCCGCACCCGUCGCCGGUGCCACCGAGGACGUCGARAUGGGAACCGGGGCGGAUCCCAAGGAAGAAGACGCGGGCGCAAGGGCUCCCGCCUCGUCCUACCAGAGCGCCCUGGAGGCCGCCUUUCUCUACCGGUACGCCUCGACGCUCCAGGAACAGAAGCUCCUGGCGGACGCCUACCACAAGCACACCUGCGCCUGGUGCCUGGACCCCUCCGGCGGCGCUUCCUCCGCUGCGGAAGACCUCCCCCGGGCGGCGGCCCCUUCCAGUGCCCCGACCGCCGAGGCCCACGUCCCGCCGGUCGUCGAGGCCCCGGUCCCCGACGGGGGGGAGGCCGCCGCCGCCGUCGCGGCGGCCGCAGCGGUGGACGUGGCCGUGGUGGCGGCCGUCGAGGACCAGGGCGCCUUUGCGACGGAAGUAUAGCACGCCGGUGCGGGUUAGCUGCCGUGGCGGGAGGGCACGGGACGGCCAGGGAAGGCAUCGAAAAAAAAAACAAUCGAGCAAGAAAAACAAAGCGAAACGAACGUGCUCGAWAAGAAGCACCAUCCGUUUCUCAAACGGAAGCAACCGGAUGGCACCAUCGAUUCGGACGACAACACCAGCAACAAUAGUCAUAGUGRUUAGAAUAAGUGCAGCAUAAUGCU